GAAAGAGAGAUGGCUUUUUAUCUGUUACUUCAGCUAUUCUGGCUAGCAACAACAGUAGAAGCAUUAGCAUCACAACCUCUAGUAACAACCAAGACCGGCUGCCCCGAAAAAUGUGGAGAUGUUAACAUUCCCUAUCCAUUUGGCAUUGGCGAUAGCUGCAACAUUGGCAUAGGAGGCUUCAAUAUCUCCUGCAACAGCACUGUUCACCCACCAAAACCAUUUUUAGGUGAUAAUAUUGAGAUUCUCAACAUAUCAUUACUGGAAGGCCUAAUGAGAGUUUUAAACUAUGUAAGCUACCAAUGCUACAACCAGACAGGAGAAGCGUAUCCCAACUUCAAAAAUUGGGUCAGAUUGGGUGAAAACUCUCUCACGUUCUCAGAAACCCAUAACAAAUUCACAGCCAUCGGUUGCGAUACACUUGGCAUCAUCUACGGCCCCAACUUCACUGGUGGCUGUAUGUCAUUUUGCAGUGACACUAAGAGCGUGAUUGAUGGUUCUUGCUCCGGUGUUGGAUGUUGCCAAAACGACAUCCCAAAGGGUUUGAAGAGUUUCGAGAUGGAUCUUAAUAGUCUCUCUAAACAUAGUUCAGUCUUGAAUUUCAAUCCCUGCAGCUUUGCUUUUCUGGUGGAGGUAAAUGCUUUCAGCUUUAAAGCAUCGGAUGUGGAAGGUAUCAAAUUUUGGAAUAGAAGCGAAAGGGUUCCUGUGGUGCUUGAUUGGGCCGUAGGAAAUAAAUCAUGCGAAAUUGCAAAGAAGGAAUCGGCCAGCUUUGCUUGCGUGAGUGAGAAUAGCAGCUGCUACAACUCGUCUAACGGUCUGGGUUAUAGGUGCGAUUGCUCUCAAGGUUUCAGGGGGAAUCCAUAUCUCCGUGGAGGCUGCCAAGAUAUCAACGAAUGUGAGGAGGAUCACCAGAAGAUACUUUGUCAACAGAAUUGUAUAAAUUUGCAAGGAAGUUAUUAUUGCUCCUGUCGAAAGGGCUACCGACUUGUCAAGGAUAACACAUACUGCAUUGAAGACACAAAUAAAUUUCCGGUACUUGCGGUUGUUCUAGGUGCAGGUAUCAGCACGGUUUUCUUGCUUUUACUCGUUGGUGGUUCUUGGUGGUAUUGGACAUGGAAGAAAAGAAAGCUCAUCAAACUCAAAGAAAAAUUCUUUCAACAAAAUGGUGGUUUUCUAUUAGAAGAAAAGCGUCAAUCAUUUGCUGAGACAUUCAAAAUCUUUACUAGAGAAGAGUUGCAGACAGCAACCAAUAACUAUGACAAGAGCCAAAUAGUUGGCCAGGGCGGUUUUGGUACAGUUUACAAAGGAAUUUUGCGUAACAAUAAGAUGGUUGCUGUUAAAAAGUCUAAAAUAGUGGAUAAGACCCAAAUCGAGCAGUUUAUAAAUGAGGUCCACAUCUUGUCUCAGAUCAGCCAUAGGAACAUUGUGAAGCUCUUGGGUUGCUGUUUAGAAGAAGAAGUUCCCAUCUUGGUGUAUGAAUUUAUUUCCAAUGGAACACUCUCCCAGCAUAUCCAUGGCGAGGGCUAUGCAUCAUCAAUUUCCUUUGAAAACCGUCUAAGGAUUGCAGCAGAAACCGCAGGGGCACUUUACUAUUUACACUCCAUAGCUUCCACACCCAUAUUUCAUAGAGAUGUCAAGUCUUCCAACAUACUUUUGGACAAUAAUUUCACAGCGAAAGUGUCCGAUUUUGGAGCUUCAAGAUUGGUUCGGCUGGAUCAGACUCAGGUAACGACGUUGGUGAUGGGGACAUUCGGAUACUUAGACCCAGAGUACCAUCAAACAGGGCAAUUAACAGCAAAGAGUGAUGUAUAUAGCUUUGGCAUAGUUCUUGUGGAGCUCUUGACUGGUGAGAGACCUAUUGCUUCCACUAGAUCCCAAGAUCAUAGAAGCCUUUCCACAUACUUCAUCUCAUCGAUGAAAGAGAAUCGGCUCUAUGAAAUUUUAGAGGAUCGAGUUCGAGAUGAAGGAGGAAAAGAACAGCUCAUGGCAGUUGCUCAGCUUGCUAAGAGAUGCUUGAAACGUAAAGGGGAAGAACGGCCUACGAUGAAGGAGGUGGUGGCAGAGCUCGAGGGGCUAAGGUCCCAUGAACAUCCUUGGGAACUGAACAACCAUGAAGAGACUGAGAACUUGUUAGGUGAAACUUCACAAGGUUAUGCUAGCAAUGCAACAUAUGAAUAUAGUGUUGAUAGCCACAUACUAUCAGCAUUAGAGAUCGGACACUAGCGUUUCUUUUUUGUUAAGAAUAUGCAUGUAUUUAUUCCUA